UGCGGCGAGUGGCGGUAGAAGUCAAGUUGCUUGGAGACGCCUCGGGGGACUUCGGCGGCGGAGUUUCUCAAUCCUUCGCUUCGACAUUCGAUUCAUUCACUGCAGGAUUUUUCGUUGGGCGAUUUCUCCAGCUUCUUUCUCGAGGUGGAAGUUGUGGAGGCUUGAUUUUAGAGGCGAGGGCAAUGAAAAGGGAGUGAGUACUGGGCACGUGAUUUUUCUCUGAUUUGUUGGGCCACGCCAUGGUUGAUGGAUUUGGGUACUAAUUGGGCUCAAGAAAGUUGAGGGAAGUAACAAACGAAGGCAAACCUAUUUAAAAUAAUGGCCCCUGACAAGUCAGCACCCAAGGACACAGCUUCGGCACUUUCUGCUCGUGAGAGUGUAUCCAAGCUUCUAAGUGCAGCACGUGAUGGCAAUGUUCUAGCAUUCAAAGAUGUGGCCCGAGCUUUGGAUGAUGGGAAUGGAUUAGGCCAAGCGUUGGCUGCUGUGAAGGAUGGAAAUGGACGUGGCCCUUUGCACUUCGCUGCCCGUGGUGGAUGUGAUGAGCUUUGCCAGUACAUGGUGGAUGAGCUCAAGCUUUCCAUAGACGCUAGAGAUAACGAUGGCGAUACUCCUCUUAUACACGCAGCCAGGCAGGGUCACACCUCAACUGCUUUGUAUUUGCUUGAACAUGGCGCAGACGCUCGUGCCACGCCCAGUGAGAAUCAGCCAAGUGCACUCCAUCAUGCUGCCGGAACAGGCUCUUUGGAACUUAUUAAGGCCCUGGUCGCAAAAGGAGUGGAUGUGGAUUCCCCAAGUGACGCCGGUUCUCCCCUCAUCUGGGCCGUAGGCCAUGAUCAUCCCAAAGCAGUCAAACUCCUUCUUGACAGUGGUGCUAAUCCUAACGGUGCUACAGAUGAUGAUGUGACCGCUCUGGUCACGGCAGCUGCAGCGGGAAGUUCUGAGAGUGUCGAGCUCUUGAUAAAGAAAGGAGCAGAUGUUAAUGCAAGCGCUAUGGGAGGAGUUACCCCACUUCAUAUUGCUGCAGACCGCGGCGAUGAGCGGAUGGUGGACUGUCUUCUAGCUGCUGGAGCGAAUCCUGAUGCUGUUGAUGACGAUAAGGCAAAGCCUAUACAUGCUGCCAAAGAGUCCCGAGCUAUAGUGGAGAAAUUAUUGCCUGUUACAACGACCGACCCCGCCAUUACGGAUUGGACUGUUGACGGAGUCCUGUCUCAUGCACGAAAACUAGCUGCUGAUGAAGAGGCUGAAUUUCGGAAAUCAAGAGAGGCUGAUGAAAAAGCCAAAGCCGCUCAGGCCAAUGCACGUAAGAAACCUGAGGUCUCAACUGAGAUGAAGAAGAAGGCUGCAGAAGCAAAAGCCCGAGGGGAUGAAGCUUUCAAGAAGCAGGAUUUUAUGCUUGCCGUAGAUGCAUACACCCAGGCAAGUGACUUCGAUCCAACAAAUGCAGUGUUUUUGUCGAAUCGUAGCGUAUGUUGGAUGCGUUUGGGUCAGCCCGAACAGGCCUUAGCCGAUGCCAAAGAAGCUAGAGCUUUGAACCCAGAGUGGUCCAAACCGUGUUACCGUGAAGGAUCUGCGUUGCUACUACUUCAGAGGUUUGACGAGGCUGCAGAUGCCUUCUACUGUGGUGUAAAACUUGAUCCCAAUAAUAAGGAGAUGAUUGAAUCUUUCAAGGGUGCCGUGGAAGCUGGUAAAAAGUUUCAUGGGACAGCGUAAACGGACUGGAUCGUUAUUCGUUCACAAUUUCAAAGUUUUGACUGAUAAGCUGAGAAAUGGCUUCAUGAGUUCCUGUUGUGGAAACCUCGUGAUCAGCUGUCUACUGCCAACUGUAGCAGCAUAUGAACUUGUGGGAUACUUGCAUGCGGGUUGAAUUUUUUAGAGAUUUGUCCGGGGGUUAAUUUUUGAUGUAAUGUCUGUGAACAAAAAUCCAAUACAAAAUUGAGCGUUGUGUGCCUCUUGUCGUCUGCUU